AUGGUUUUCUCAAGCACUGCUCUGUUUCUCGCGAUUUCCCGCCAAUUCUCUGGAAACCAGACAUCAGAAGUCAAAGAUCAACCUUUGAUCCGUUCAUGUCUUUCUUCAGAGAAUGUGAAGGAACCGAAAGGAAACGGUGAAGAGUAUCGUCGUAAGAAGGAAUAUAACCGGAGAAUUGUACAAGAACCGAUGAAGAAACCGGAGAAAACCGGUUUGGUUUGUAGAAAUGAUAUGCCUGCAAACCGGAUUGCUCUGUAUAAUGGGAUUCUUAGAGACAGAGAUCAUAGACUUCAGUGUUCAUAUUGA